AUGGCUGCUAAUAAUGAGGGUGCAAAGCCACUUAUCGUCUUCGCCUGUCCGACAGCAUACGGACAUACAAUGCCGCUUCUCCCACACGCUACCCACCUGGUCAAACAAGGAUACAAUGUAUCUUUCGUGGGCGGCGCCGACUUUGAGGCUGUCAUCAGGAAAACUGGUGCAGCCUUCUACCCGACAGAGAAUCCCUACACGCCCGAAGCUUUCCAGCAAUUCUUCAAGAUCCCUGAUGAACAGGAGGCCUUUUUCUGGAGCAUCAAGGCGUUUUUCAUUGACACUACCCCGGAGCGAAUGAGGGCAUUGACGGCGGUGCUGGAGGAGCUCCGGGAGAAGCAUCCAGGCCAGGGCGUGGUUAUUGUCCAGGAGAUAGGAUUCAUGGGCACCUUGCCGUACGCAUGUGGUGCACCACCCCCAAAGGGAUACGACCGCUUUCCACCAGUCAUUGGCUUCGGAACCGCGCCAUUGGUUGUCUCAAGCAUUGAUACUGCGCCAUUUGGACUCGGCAUCCGGCCGGAUUCAAGCGAAGCGGGUCGUGCUCGUAACGCUGCCAUGUAUGAGGCUAUGAAGGCCAAGCAGGAGGAGCUGAGCGAGUAUGCCACCUCUGUGUACGCAAAGCUUGGUGCUACCGACAAAGUGACAGAGCCACUCUUCGACCACUGGACCACAAGCUACGAUAUCUUUGUGCAGCCAUGCAGCCCAAGCCUGGAGUACCCGCGCAGCGACCUAUCGCCUAAGAUAAACUUCAUUGGCGGCACUCCACCCAAGGAGAUCGACCCGUCAAUGCCACUGCCUCUAUGGUGGGACGAGCUCAAGACAAACAGGCAGGCUGCAAGCCCGAAAAAAGUUGUCUUCAUAACCCAGGGCACUAUUGCGGUGGACUACAACGCGCUAUUGAUCCCUACUCUCAAAGCGCUUGCAGACAGGGAUGACCUCAUUGUCAUUGGUGUCCUAGGCGUGAAAGGCGCCAAACUGGACGGAUUCAAGAUACCCAGCAAUGCAAAGGUUGUUGACUAUCUGAUGUACGAGGCGGUGCUACAGUACGCCGACGUGUUCGUCACCAACGCAGGAUACGGUGGCUUCAUCUCUGGCGUCAUGCAUGGUGUUCCCAUGGUGUGGGCUGGAAGAGGCCAGGACAAAGCCGAGGUGUCGAUGCGCGGCGAAAUUGCUGGAAUUGGCGUCAAUCUGGAGACUGACCGGCCCAGUACUGAGGCCAUUCGGGAUGGUGUGGACAAGGUGUUGACGGACAACAGUUUCAAGACUCGCUGCUUAGAGGUUCAGCGCGAGAACCAGAAGCUCGACUGUAUAGGCCAACUAGAAAGGAUCAUCAAGGAAUUAAGCGCUGAGACGUGA